AUGAUUCUUCUCGCUGUGCUUUUUCUCUGCUUCAUUUCCUCAUAUUCAGCUUCUGUUAAAGGUCACACAACUGGUCUCUCAUUAAAUAAUGACCGACUAUACAAACUUACAUAUUCCACUGAAGUUUUUCUCGAUCGGGGCAAAGGAAACCUCCAAGACAGUGUAGGCUAUCGAAUUUCAUCCAAUGUGGAUGUCGUCUUACUGUGGAGGAGUCCUGAUGGUGAUGAUAACCAACUGAUCCAAAUUACGAUGAAAGAUGUAAAUGUUGAAAAUGUGAAUCAACGGAGAGGAGACAAGAGCAUUUUCAAAGGAAAAAAGUCAUCUCAAAUCAUAAGAAAGGAAAACUUGGAAGCAAUGCAAAGACCUGUGCUCCUUCAUCUAAUUCAUGGAAAGAUCAAAGAGUUCUACUCAUAUCAAAAUGAACCAGCAGCCAUAGAAAAUCUCAAGAGAGGCCUGGCUAGCCUAUUUCAGAUGCAGUUAAGCUCUGGAACUACCAAUGAGGUAGACAUCUCUGGAGAUUGUAAAGUGACCUACCAGGCUCAUCAAGACAAAGUGACCAAAAUUAAGGCUUUGGAUUCAUGCAAAAUAGAGAGGGCUGGAUUUACAACCCCACAUCAGGUCUUGGGUGUCACUUCGAAAGCCACAUCUGUCACUACCUAUAAGAUAGAAGACAGCUUUGUUGUAGCUGUGCUCUCAGAAGAGAUACAUGCCUUGAGGCUGAAUUUUCUACAAUCAAUAGAAGGCAAAAUAGUAUCAAGGCAGAAACUGGAGCUGAAAACCACGGAAGCAGGUCUGAGACUGAAGCCGGGAAAGCAGGUUGCAGCCAUCAUUAAAGCAGUCGAUUCGAAGUACACGGCCAUUCCCAUUGUGGGCCAGGUCUUCCAGAGCAAGUGCAAAGGAUGCCCUUCUCUCUCAGAGCACUGGCAGUCCAUCAGAAACCACCUGCAGCCUGACAACCUCUCCAAGGCUGAGGCUGUCAGAAGCUUCCUGGCCUUCGUCAAGCACCUCAGGACGGCAAAGAAAGAAGAGAUCCUCCAAAUUCUAAAGGCAGAAAACAAGGAAGUACUACCCCAGCUAGUGGAUGCUGUCACCUCUGCUCAGACACCAGACUCACUAGAUGCCAUUUUGGACUUUCUGGAUUUCAAAAGCACCGAGAGCUUUAUUCUCCAGGAAAGGUUUCUCUAUGCCUGUGCAUUUGCCUCACAUCCCGAUGAAGAACUCCUGAGAGCCCUCAUUAGUAAGUUCAAAGGUUCUUUUGGAAGCAAUGACAUCAGAGAAUCUGUUAUGAUCAUCAUCGGGGCCCUUGUCAGGAAGUUGUGUCAGAAUGAAGGCUGCAAACUGAAAGGAGUGAUAGAAGCCAAGAAGUUAAUUUUGGGAGGACUUGAAAAAGCAGAGAAAAAAGAGGACAUCAUGAUGUACCUGCUGGCUCUGAAGAAUGCCCGGCUUCCAGAAGGCAUCCCGCUCCUUCUGAAGUACACAGAGACUGGAGAAGGGCCCAUCAGCCACCUCGCUGCCACCACACUCCAGAGAUAUGAUGUCCCUUUCAUAACUGAUGAGGUAAAGAAGACUAUGAACAGGAUAUACCACCAGAAUCGUAAAAUACAUGAAAAAACUGUGCGCACUACUGCAGCUGCCAUCAUUUUAAAAAACAAUCCAUCCUACAUGGAAGUAAAAAACAUCCUGCUCUCUAUUGGGGAACUUCCCAAAGAAAUGAAUAAGUACAUGCUCUCCAUUGUCCAAGACAUCCUACGUUUUGAAAUGCCUGCAAGCAAAAUGGUCCGUCGAGUUCUGAAGGAAAUGGUCGCUCAUAACUAUGAUCGUUUCUCCAAGAGUGGCUCCUCCUCUGCAUAUACUGGCUAUGUAGAACGGACUUCCCAUUCGGCAUCUACUUACAGCCUUGACAUUCUUUACUCUGGUUCUGGCAUUCUAAGGAGAAGUAACCUGAACAUCUUUCAGUACAUUGAGAAAACUCCUCUUCAUGGUAUCCAGGUGGUCAUUGAAGCCCAAGGACUGGAGGCAUUAAUUGCAGCCACUCCUGAUGAGGGGGAAGAGAACCUUGACUCCUAUGCUGGCUUGUCAGCUCUCCUCUUUGAUGUUCAGCUCAGACCUGUCACUUUUUUCAACGGAUACAGUGAUUUGAUGUCUAAAAUGCUGUCAGCCUCUAGCGACCCUAUGAGUGUGGUGAAAGGACUUCUUCUGCUAAUAGAUCAUUCCCAGGAGCUUCAGCUGCAAUCUGGACUUAAGGCCAACAUGGAUGUCCAGGGUGGUCUAGCUAUUGAUAUCACAGGUGCCAUGGAGUUUAGUCUAUGGUAUCGUGAAUCUAAAACCCGAGUGAAAAAUCGGGUAAGUGUGUUAAUAACUGGUGACAUCACGGUGGACUCCUCUUUUGUGAAAGCUGGCUUGGAAAUUGGUGCAGAAACAGAAGCAGGCUUGGAGUUUAUCUCCACGGUGCAGUUUUCUCAGUAUCCAUUUUUAGUUUGUCUGCAGAUGGACAAGGAAGAUGUUCCAUACAGGCAAUUUGAGACAAAAUAUGAAAGGCUGUCUACAGGCAGAGGUUAUGUUUCUCGGAAGAGAAAAGAAAGCCUAAUAGGAGGAUGUGAAUUCCCGCUGCACCAAGAGAACUCUGACAUGUGCAAGGCGGUGUUUGCUCCUCAACCAGAGAGUAGUUCCAGUGGUUGGUUUUGA